AGAGGUGGAUUCGAGCACCUGUGUAUGGCGGAGGUUGGUUUUCCUUCCCCCGGUAACCUCAAAGUCGUGUACAAAAUGAAAGGACAGUCGACAUUUGUGCCAUUCGAGAGUGACCGAAUUAUACAAUAUGACACAAACACGACCAACACGAGCUGUGUGACGACAAAAUAUUUCAAAUUUGGUCUCAAUUUUACUUCGGCAGACGAAGGCGGAGAAGUAAAAUGUGUCGCAACCAACCAAGAAUUAGGAGUUAUUACCGACUCGGCCGUUGGUACACUAGAGCUGAUUCCAAAGCAAUACUGCAACACAACCGAUGCCCCAAAGUAUUUACAUCAUCCGACAAACUGUAACAAGUAUGUACAGUGUGUUGGAAGAUAUCCGUAUGGUAAUCAGUGCCCUAAUGCAGACCAGUGUGCCGAUAUCACAACGGACAUUGUUGUAUGCAAGAGUUGUGAAGGAGUUGUAUGCCCUUGGAACAUCACAACAACAACACCAGGACCAACAACCACAACGCUGCCACCACCUUCGUCCCAGACAACCACCACCACCCCAACUACUACAACGCUACCUCCUGAUGUGUAUGCAACAUGCAAUAGUGUGAACAGCCUGAUCGGUUCGUCGGCAACAGUAACAUGUAGUGUAAACAAAGACACAUACAGUUACAUAAAUGUGACAUUUACUGCACGUGUCACACAGACGUCAAACCACGUGGUAGAUAUUAUUCCGGGCACGGGAGCAGUUAACGAUAACAACGGCGCAGACAGGAGUGUGACAGUCACUAAUGGUGGAAAAGAAAUCGACAUUACCUUUACAUCACUUUCCUGUACGAACGAGGGGACUUUCCACAUCAAAGUGUUUGCAGGAUCAGAGGUUUCGUCUACCCCUGCAUCAGUCAGCGUUAGAG